AUGGGGAAGCAGAUUAAAAGAGAAAGCCUGCGCAAAUUUAAUGAACUUUAUAAAGAAUAUAAAAGUCUACACUCAGUGAAUACAUCUCUAGAAUCACCAAGAAAUGAAAAGAAAGUAUAUGAAUAUGAUGAAGAUGAAGACGUAAUAGACUUAGAGAAACUGUAUGCAUGUCAUUCGACGUCAUCUGGAUCUGGAUCUUUUCAUCAAGGCUUAGUUAUAGACGAGUUGGAGGAGUACCUAAGUAAACCCAGAGCCGCCAGUUCGGAAGACAUUUUAGAGUGGUGGAGGACGCAUGAGACAGAAUAUCCGACUUUAUCGAAGAUGGCCCGUGAUUUUCUUUCAAUACCUGCAACUUCAGUACCUGCUGAGAGAUUAUUUUUCGUUUUUUAA